CUGUUGAAAUGGGACAUUAAACGGUGAGAAACGAUGUCGGUUAAUGCUUCACAGUAAUCGUAAAGCUCCACGGCCUUGGCUACUUUUGAGGCAUUGUUCGUUAUCACUCAGGAGAACAUGAGAGAGAGGGAGAGGAAAACUGAAUCGGAGACGAAAGCAAAGCAAUGGCGACGACAGAGAGGGAGAGAGAUCUAGAGCUUCUACUGCCAGUCGCUAGUAUCGUCGAAAAUAAAUCGUUGCCCCCUCCGGUCGCUGCUUCGUCCCAUCGUCACUCUUCUGGCAAAGAGCGUCAUUUUGUUUCCAAUAGCGGUAACAUUCUACAUCACUCGCAGUUUCAUUCAUUUCAUGGAUGCCUUCUCUCCAAUCUACAAUCAUCUAGGGAUGAUGGGAUCAAUGUUUUUGGUCUUGGAUUCAUUACUUCUAUUACCUUCAUCUUCUUAGUUGGCAUUUUCAUGUCCUCAUGGUUGGGAGCCUCUGUUCUUGGCCUUGGGGAAUGGUUUAUUAAGAAAAUGCCACUUGUAAGCUACAUAUAUUCUGCCUCAAAGCAGAUAAGUGCAGCAAUAUUCCCAGAUCAGAGCUCCAAUGCCUUUGAGGAAGUGGCCAUUAUAAGACAGCCACGUAUCGGGGAAUAUGCAUUUGGAUUUAUCACUUCUACCUUCAUUCUUCAGAGGAGUGCGGGUGAAGUGGAACUCAGCUGUGUUUACAUGGCUUCAGCUACCCUAAUCUGCGACACCGAGCCAUGGAAAGCCUUGAAGACCCAUGUUGAGGAUAUCAAGAAGACUCAUUUACGCGAACUAAUGGGCGACACUGACCGUGACUAUGAUGGGAUACUGUUGGACUACUCAAGGCAGUGUGCCACUCUUGACACCUUGGAGAAGCUCUUCAAAUUGGCAGAGGCUGCACAUCUCAAGCAAAAGAUUAACAGCAUGUUCAGUGGGGAGCAUAUAAACAGCACAGAGAAUAGGUCAGUCCUUCACAUAGCACUCCGUGCUUCAAAAGAUGCAGUUAUAUACAGUGAUGGGAAGAAUGUGGUUCCAGAUGUUUGGCACGUUCUGAACAAAAUUCGAGAUUUCUCUGAGAGGGUCCGCAGUGGUUCUUGGGUUGGGGCCACAGGAAAAGCAUUGAAGGAUGUUGUUGCUAUUGGUAUUGGCGGCAGCUUCUUAGGUCCUCUAUUUGUGCAUACUGCUCUUCAAACAGAUCCUGAAGCUAUUGAAUGUGCCAGAGGACGCCAACUUCGUUUUCUUGCAAAUGUUGAUCCAAUUGAUGUUGCUAGAAAUAUCACAGGCUUGAACCCUGAAACUACACUAGUUGUGGUGGUUUCAAAAACUUUUACAACGGCUGAAACUAUGCUGAAUGCCAGGACACUGAGGGAAUGGAUCUCAUCUGCUUUGGGGCCUCAGGCAGUUGCGAAGCAUAUGGUUGCUGUUAGUACUAACCUUACGCUUGUAGAAAAGUUUGGCAUCGACCCAAAUAAUGCUUUUGCCUUUUGGGACUGGGUGGGAGGCCGAUAUAGUGUCUGCAGUUCCGUUGGAGUAUUUCCUUUAUCUCUCCAAUAUGGGUUUCCCGUUAUUGAGAAGUACA